AUGGUCUGUCCGAUGAGCACGCUCAAAUUUGUGGGCACCAUAUCACUAGGUCUCCUCACUGGCGUCUCAUACUCGCUCUCAACAAUAACACUCCCCUCCCUCGCCCUCCUCCCCUCCGCUGCCCGCGCCGCCCGCGCCCUCGAGACCAUCCAAGAGCGCGCCACGCGCCGCAUCCUCACCCUCGCCUCCGUCUCAUCACUCGCCCUCACCACCUGCUACGCCCUCGCAUCGCCGCGCGGCAAGCACCCCUACCUCCUAUGGACCGCCAUGGUGAGCUUCAUCGGAGGGCAAGGUGUCGAAUACUGGUAUAACGGCUGGACGAGGUUUGGGCUGAAGAGAAAUGGUCGGGAAAGCGGGUAUGUGGAGGUGGAGAGCAGUGAGGUAAAUGGGGAGAAGGUUGAGGCGGAGAUGGCGAGGGAGGUUAGGACGCAGAAUGUGAGGAGCGCGAUUGGGUUGGUGGGCUUUGCGAUGGGCGUUGUAGGGAUCUGGGGCGAUGGUGCUUGA